AUGUCCUCCAAACCGCAGUUUGAUCGCGCAGAUGCCAGCGCACUGCUCGACGACCGUGGCUACAAAGGCGCCCUCAUCCGCGGCCAGAACCCUGCCUUGCUCUUCGAAAAGGGUGUUCGCGAGCGCAUCACCGAGUCCUACUACUGGAAGGAGCAGUGCUUUGGCCUCAACGCCGCCACACUCUGCGACCGCGCAGCCGAACUCAAGUUUAUCGGUGGCAUCACGGGCAUCACGGGCAAGCCGACCCCCUUUUUGUGUCUCGCCUUCAAGCUGCUGCAGCUGGUUCCCGAAAAGGCCAUCAUCUUGGAGUACCUGAACUUUCGAUCCGACGACGGGGAGGAGGACGAGGCUACCAAUGGGCAGAACGGCCAUGCCAACGGCGAGGAAGAGGAGGGCAACGUAGACGAGGGCGACAAGCAAGUCCACAAGCCCCAAGACCUCAAUGCAGCCGGCAAGCUGGGCGACUUCAAGUACCUGCGCUGUCUGGCCGCCUUCUACAUUCGCCUUGCUUGGCAACCUGUUGAAAUCUACAAGACGCUCGAGCCCCUUCUCACCGACUACCGCAAAAUCAAGCGAAGACUCAAGGACGGAUACACGCUGACGUACAUUGACCAAUUCAUCGACGACCUCCUCACCAAAGACCGCAUCUGCGCUACGAGUCUGUGGAAGCUGCCAUCUCGCGCCAAUUUGGAGGACCUGGAUCUGUUGGAGCCGAGGGAGAGCCCGCUCGGAGACGAAGUGGAUGCCUUGGACGAGGACAUGGGAGAGAGGAGUGAGCGAAGCGCAAGGAGCUACAGCAGCAGGACUGGGAGCUAUGACAGCCGUAGUAGGAGCAGGAGUCGGAGCUACGAUAGUCGACGCCGUAGCCGAAGUCAUAGUCGAAGCCAUAGUCGCAGUGACAGGCGGAGCUACGACAGUCGAGAUCAAACUCGAAGCCGGAGCUCUCGGCGGCAAGACGGGCAUGAUGAAAGAGAAAGAAGUUGA